CCCCUACCUACCCCCUGUGGACCCCGCACUGUCGCCUCUUUCACAUUGUACAUUGGACUGGGAGUUACCGGUAAGGGGCGAUGUAUGCAGCUCGCGAGUACCAAAGAUCGUGUCUGUGUUGUUCCUCUCUCUGUGGCUGUGUGUAAAACAUAGGAGAGCUAUUCCAUUUACUCGUACCAUUUCAGUGUUGCUUGACUUGUCAGCGUGACCGGUUCGGUGUGUACAGUUCGCGGUCUUUAUUUAUCGCGGGAAUGACGACGAAUAUACGAAGUUGUCAGAGCAUAUAGAGUUAUAGUGAUUACGAUUAGCGUUCGUGUAUUUGUGUAACUUAUAAAUUUCGCGUGUAUUUUGAUGUUAAAACGAGUAUUAUGUCGACAAUGCUGCCCAGCAAUAUGAUACGUUUGAUUGGAUUUUUAUUAAUUAUCGCGACGGUCGCCCGGUGUGUGGAAAUUUUAAAGUGUUGUCCUAAUGGCAAAGGCGUAAACGCCGAGAAUAUUUGCGGUGAAAAUGAUGCCUCCGAAUGGCAACCGGUUUUCUAUUCGGAAGACGAGCAGAAACUACUGCUGCCGCCGAAUACGACACCUCAAAAUGUGAUUUUUCGCGAAAACACUUUUCCCUCUUGUAACAGCAACAAUCACUUAUUCGUCUCCAAUUCGUACUAUCCUUUGAUUUUCGACAAAAGCGGUCUACUGGUGGUAACCGGCUACGCUAACCAAGACACCAUGAUGCUGCAGCCAGGUCUCUAUUGCGUUUCGCCAACCGGCGCCAUUAUUUGCGCCGACCAAGAAGUGCUGAAUAAAAAGAAGAAAUUCGAAAAGAAUAUCCACAAGUGUUGCGUCAUCGACUCGGUCUACAGCCAGAAAACCACCAGUUGCGUUACCCAAAAGGUCUCCAAGUCGAAUUUCCUGUCCGAAGACACGGCUAUAUUUAGCGGAUUUCCGCAAUGUCCUUCGCGAGAAGAAUUUUCAAUAUCGGGUCGACUAGACGAAGAUUACUCUCUGAAUACGGACGGUACAUUGAGGACGAAUACCAGUCAAAUAGUGACCAAUUACUGCGUCGAGUAUAUUCUAGAGAAACAGAAUGAAAAAGCUAGCGUUUUCACGUGCGCUCCUUUGCCCAAUGGGCAGGAUGGUGAUCAGGGUGAUAUCAGGUUCACGUUGUAUUCGUCUGGAUUCUUCGUAUCGGUUUUCUUCCUCACGUUGACCCUGAUCUCGACCCUAAUGUUGCCCGGAUCGCAUCACGCUCUGCAUUGGAAAUGCCAAACUCAUUAUAUCGUUUGUCUCAUGAUCGGAGAUUUACUGCUCGGUAUGACGCAGGUACUCGGAGACGUACUCAAGCAGACCAGAUAUUGCACUUUGAAUGCUACCUUAGUCCAUUUCUUCUUCCUGGCGGCGUUUUUCUGGCUAAACACGAUGUGUUUCAAUAUCUGGUGGACGUUCAGGGAUCUACGACCGAGUGUGGAUAAAGGUCAAGAAACCUACAGACUGACGCUGUACAGACUGUACGCGUGGGGUAUUCCGCUUUUCAUCGUCGGUAUUGGGACUGUCAUGGAUCAGAUGCUGACUGAAAAAUAUCCCGCUAUUUUGAGACCGAAAUUUGGCGAAAUCAGGUGUUGGUUUUAUGGAGACGCCGAGUUAUUCGUUUACUUUUUGGGACCGAUUGGAUUCCUUAUGGUAAUCAACCUAUUGCUGUUUGUUGCCACUACCAGGGAAUUGACUUGUGGCCUGUGGAAGAGAGAAGGCGUUAAAUCUUCAACAGAAAGAACGGCCCUAAGUCACAUAUGCCUUAAAUUGGUCAUCGUAAUGGGUAUCACCUGGAUCGUGGAUGUUAUAUCGUGGGCCAUCGGCGGCCCGAUGUACCUCUGGUAUCUGACAGAUUUGGUGAAUGCGUUGCAAGGUGUUUUUAUUUUCAUUGUGGUAGGUUGUCAACCACAAGUUUGGAAUGCAGUCAAGCGAAAAUGGUUCGUAAACGAUUCCUCGUGCAGAAACGUUAUAUCUUCGAAUGCAACACCAUCUGUCAUUAAUGAUCAACCAUCUUCCAAACAAACCGCCGUCGAAACGUUAUGCUGAACAUCGACGAAUCAGAAUCGAUGCGAAUUCUGCUCUUUUAUUCGUCAUUUUUAUACCGGAAUUCUAAUACACGGAUCGGAUACUGCGAAGAAGAGUUCUUCUUGUAUAUGUAAAAAGAGUACUAUAUUUUUUUACCAACCAAACUCUUUUAAUUCUCUCUAGUUCCUAUUUUAAUAUAUUCAGUUCUUUGUAUAAAAUUACUGGUUACCAUACCAAAACCAUCCCAUCGUGUAUAACGCCUUCUCAAGUAGAAAUUCCGGUUCUCCUAUCAUCAAUUUCUUCGAAUCACCCUUUGAAAAUACGUAAAAACUCGAGCCUUUUUCCGGUACGGUAGGUUGAAUUAUUAUUGUUGUGGUUGUGUAUGUGUAUAUGACGUAUAAUUAAGAACUUUCAAUUGUCAAUUCUAGUCAAAACGAUCGUUGUAUAAUUUGUUCUGUUCGAUGCUACGCCGGUCAUUGCGGUAGCUUUUAGAGUGUGUUUCCUUUCGAGAAAAGUGUAGUACUGUUUCAUCGAAUCUCAAGUAUUUUGACGACUUUCCUCCCCCUUCUCCUCGUCUUAUAUUCCUCCUGUUCUUAUAUUGUAUGUACUGUAAGGUACUCAAUGGAUGUGUUGUAACUUCUUAUACAUAUUUUCCUCAUCUUCCUCCAUCAUCAUCGCUUCUCUAAUCAUCGUGAACUACCUACGAAGUGUGCAUUGUCCUGUUGUCGUUUUGUUAUUACUGUUUAUGUGAACGGUUUUUUUUUCGUUUUUUUUUAUUUUUUUUUUAUUUCUUUCUCUCGUCGAUGACUCCGAUAUACACUUAUUCGAUGUGUAAGAGACUGAGAUGUAUGUUUUAAUAGCUCUUUAUUAUGUUGCUUAUACUUAUAAAUGUAGGUAUAGUACCUAUAGACGAUAAUGUAUAACACGAAACGAACGAACGAACGCGAAUAAUGGUACCUUAUAAUACAUAUUAUCUCGUAUGGAAUAUUAUGUUUUUACUUCGAUGUUUAUAUUAAUGCGUGAACGCUGCAGGCUGCAUAGAAUUAAGAGAGCUUACAUACAUUAUGUUGUGAUGUAUAGUGUAUUACAUACAAAUACCUAUGUACAAUGUACAUUGACGUAGGUAGGUACGUUUAAAACAUUCGUUUAGAUUAUCGUAUACAUAAGUGUGUUUCGCAAUACACACCUGGACAUCUGUUUCAAUUUGUAUAAACCUGGGUACUCGUACUCGUACGUAAUGUAAACAAAAUUAGCUUUAUUUGGACCAUUACCAUUCGAUAAAGUUCGUAUCGAUCGAUGAAAAGAUAUCGAAUUUCUGAUUCAUCUCUUUUGAACUGAUAUUUAUAAUCAGGUAGACUAAACAUGAGUGAUAUGAAAACAAUAGUACCAAAAGAAGCUGAUAUAGAUGUUCUAAUUUGCUAUUUAGUAUGCACUUUAAUAAAUUUAAAAAAAAAAAAAAAAAAAAAAAAA